AUGUUUAAAAAAGUGUUACUGUUCCUGUUUCUUUGCAAAAUCAGCGACGGAGUGGAAUUCAGUGAUUUAAGGUAUUUUGGGGAAAGAGUUAGAAAUAUGAGUGUAGAGAUGUUUUACUUCACGCAAUUAGAAAACGAAGGUGAUCUGGUUAUGGCACCAUUCAGUUUAUGGAACCUAAUAUCCGUGGUCGCGUUCAAAUCAUCAUCAGACACUUGGAGACAGCUUCAUUCCAUCAUAGGUAUAUCAAAACGGAACGGACAGUAUUUUAAUUCAAUUUUCAAAUUCACAACAGAUGUUAUGACGAACGUCUCCCUGUUUCCUGGUGUGUCAUUCAAAAAUGCACAACUUGUACUCUUUGAUGAAAAUCUAGAAUUGACACAAUCAUUCCAAAGAAGUGUAAUUGAGUCCGGAAUAUCGUUGAAGAUGGUGGAUUUCGAGGACGAUGUUACCGCGGCUGCAGAAGCGAACCAUUAUUAUCAAAAACAAACCAAUAAUACAUUUUCUCCAGAAUUAUUGAUUUUCGAUAGGACCGAUUUCGAAGAAUCAACCAUGAUAGUGAGCGGUAUGGUCGAAUUUGAAGGUAACUGGACUAUACCCUUCAACAAAUCUGAUACUAUGCUCGAAAACGGCACAGGCAUAUAUAUAAUGCAACAAAAAGCUAAUGUUAAGCAAGUUGAUAUUGAAAUUCUAGGAGCUUCUGUCUUGGAACUAAAUUACGGGCAGAAUGAAGAAUUUAAUAUGGUAGUACUUACACCGCAUGAAGGCGUAUCUAUUAAGGACGUCUUAAUAAAUUUCGAUAAAAUUUCAUUUACUGAUCUACUCAGCAAAUUGCAUAGUGAACCACUGAAAGAAGUAGACGUGAAAUUGCCCAAAUUCUCAGUAACUUCCACACUAUUAUUAAAUGGUCCCUUAACGACUAUGGAAGCGAGGGAUAUAUUCUUGCCAAGUCAAGCAGAUUUUUCUGGUAUAACGGAAGAAGAAGUGUUUAUAUCCUCUAUUGAACACAGAGCCAUGAUAACAGUAUCGGAGACAGGCACCCGCGCAACAGCCUUCACUCCCGGAAACUUAUCUAAAGGCAAGAAAACAUCUACUACUGAUUCAGUCUCAUCUUUCCUUUUCUUCAUCGUGUACCGCCCUUCAUAUACUAUUCUUUUCUGUGGAAAAUAUGGAGCAUGA